UAUGACCCAGGCGGCGCUGUUUCUGACGCAACAAUCUCAAAUCUCUCUAUUAGGCAUAGCAUAUGUCCUUUGUGUAACCGUCCGGAGACACUUAGUUAGACCAGAUGAAAUCCCUCGACCUUCAUAAUCGGUAUCAUAACAUUGGUUCCUCAUUCCACUGAGCCAGCUACGUUUCCACAGUUAUGAAGCUAAAACUCUAGGUCAAUGCUAUUUGGCGAACUCGAGUGAUUGAUUUGAACUCAGUAAGAACAAGCAGUAGGAACAUUGAUGGUGUUUUUCCUCUCCGGUAUCUGUACAGUUAGGGAAUUUCCACUCUCGAGAAGUUUAAUGAAAAUCGUCAACGUAAAAGAGACAGGACUGCGGUUGUUGCAAUGUGAAUAGCAUUGGUGCCAAAGACAAAACGACAGGAAACAAUGUCUGCAGUUCCAGUUGAUUCUGAUUACAUUGUGGAAGCAUAAGAAAACAGAUGUGGAGACAGAUCUGUUUUCCAACCAUUUAGUCUCACAUGGAAAAGGCCGAGGCUUGUUUUAGUUCUGAUCCCACAGCUGAGUUUCACCCAAAUGCACCCGAGGAAGAAUGUCGAGAAGAAGGUUUCACCUCCAGCAGUUGUGCCAGCUCCAAGAUGCUGGAGGAAGAGGAUGAUGGAAAAGGGUGUAGGGGAAAGUACCAUCAAAGUCUCCACCUAUUCAAACCCUUUCGGACUACACAGAAGCACAAGCACCCAAUUGAUAAUUCAGGCCUCUUCUCUUUUAUGACCCUGAAUUGGCUUUCUCCACUAGCAUGGAAGGCCUACAAAUAUUCUCGUCUAGAAAUGACUGACCUUUGGAAUUUAUCCUACAAUGAGUCCUCUGAAGCGAAUUCUCGACGCUUUGAGAAACUAUGGCAGGAUGAACUAAAGCAACAUGGACGAGAGAAGGCCUCUCUGGGGCGAGUAGCUUGCCGGUUUUGUCAAACAAGGGCUUUCAUCUCUGUUGGCUGCCUGAUGAUUACAAUGAUUGCCAGCUUUGUUGGACCAGCCGUUGUCAUUAGGAGAUUGCUAGAAUAUGCGCAGGCUCCAGAGUCAAACCUUCAAUAUGGCCUGCUGUUGGUUUUGGGCAUUUUCAUGGCUGAGUUAGUGCGUUCAUGGUCAUUUGCACUGACCUGGGCUUUAAACUAUCGCACUGGAACUCGGCUCCGGGGUGCGUUACUUACCCUGGCUUUUGAAAAAAUUCUGAAGCUACGAAAUACGAAAGAUGUCACAAUUGGAGAAUUGGUGAACAUCUGCUCAAAUGACGGACAACGUCUCUUUGAAGCGGCCUCUGUGGGUUCCAUGUUGACAGGAGGUCCUCUUGUUGCCAUGCUAGGAAUUAUCUAUACAGCUUUGUUUCUCGGCCCUACUGCUCUGCUGGGGUCUGCUGUUUUCAUUUUUAUCUAUCCAUUACUGAUGUUUAUGUCCAGGUUGACAACUUAUUUCAGGAAGCAAUGUAUUGCAGUCACAGACAGACGUGUGCGGCUGAUGAAUGAAAUUCUAAACUGCAUGAAGUUCAUUAAGAUGUACACCUGGGAAAAACUGUUUGCCGAGAAGGUUCGCUUGAUCAGAAGCAGAGAGAGACACUUUUUGGAAAAAGCUGGUUAUGUGCAGAGUAUCACAGUUGGAGUUGCUCCAAUUGUGGUUGUUGUAUCCAGUAGCUGCACAUUCACACUACACAUGGCAAUGGGAUAUGAUUUAAAUGCAGCUCAGGCAUUUACAGUUGUUGCAAUCUUCAAUGCAAUGACCUUUGCCUUGAAAAUUACACCCAUAUCUGUGAAAGCCCUGUCAGAGGCAUCUGUUGCUGUGGGCAGAUUUAAGCAUUUACUUUUAAUGGAAGAACUAGAAGUUGUAAGAAAACAGCCCAUUAGCUCACAUAAUGACAUAGAAUUUUGUGAUGCUACCUUGGCAUGGGACAGCAGCAGUACUUCUUCUUUUGAGAGAAAAGCAGAUUCAAACAAGGAUGAUGUGAAGAAGAUUAAAAAAAGGAAGGCAAGAGGGAUGGAGAAGAAAAAGUUGAAUCUUUAUGUUCAAGCUGACUCAGAAAAUUCACUUGUCAAACAAAAUGAUCAUCUGUUGCAUGGCACUAAAUUGCAAUUUGAUCACGACAACCUACACGUUAACUUAUCAUCUCCAAAGCCCAGAUUCCAGGCAACCCUGCACCACAUCAACUUAAAUGUCAAACAGGGUAACCUGGUAGGAAUUUGUGGCAGUGUGGGAAGUGGAAAAAGUUCCCUGAUAUCUGCUAUCCUGGGUCAGCUGAUAUUACUUGAAGGGACAGUUGCAGUGAGAGGCACAUUUGCCUAUGUCGCCCAACAGGCAUGGCUUUUUAAUGCAUCUUUACGUGAUAAUAUCUUAUUUGGUAAAAGCUAUGAAGAGGAAAGGUAUCAUAAAGUAUUGGAGGCUUGCUGUCUUUAUCCUGACAUCGAAGUCUUACAGUCUGGAGACAUGACUGAGAUUGGAGAACAUGGUGCCAAUCUCAGCGGAGGGCAGCGACAACGGAUAAGUCUUGCACGUGCUCUGUACAGUGAUCAAAAUACUAUCCUCCUGGAUGACCCAUUGAGUGCAGUAGAUGCCCAUGUGGGAGCUCACAUGUUCACAAAUGCCAUUAAGCGAGGAAUGAAGGGGAAAACAGUUCUCUUUGUCACGCACCAGCUUCAGUAUCUUGUAGACUGUGAUGAAGUGCUGUUCAUGCGGGAUGGAUGUAUUGCUGAACAAGGCACACAUGAGGAUCUAAUGACUCUUAAUGAAGACUAUGCUGCGCUAUUUAAUAGCAUGCAGCAAGCUAAUCUUAUUCAGAAUAACCUAAGAAACACUGUAAAAAAAUCUGAAAAUAAGCCUGGGAAUUUACUUUCUAUGAGCAAGUCGGUGUCCAUUGUCCAUGACAAGAAGAAGGAAGCAGACCAGCUUAUGCAAGCAGAGGAAAAAAGUGCUGGCUCUGUGUCUUGGUCAACGUAUGGAAUUUACAUCAAAGCUGCAGGAGGUACAUUCAUCUUCCUUCUGAACAUUCUUCUGUUCCUACUGACUGCUGGCAGCAUAGCUUUCAGUAAUUGGUGGCUCAGCUAUUGGAUUAAUCAGGGCAGUGGGAAUACGCCAGUGACCAAGGGGAAUGUGACCUACAUCAGCAAUAGUAUGAGAGACCAUCCGAAUCAGAACUUUUACACUUGGGUUUAUGCUGCAUCCAUGUUGUCUGUACUGCUCUUCAAGGCACUACGUGGAUACAUAUUUGUGAAGUGUACCUUGCGGGCUUCCUCCAAGCUGCAUGAUGCUUUAUUCAAAAAAAUUCUCAAGAGCCCAAUGAAAUUCUUUGACACAACUCCUUUGGGCCGCAUUCUGAAUAGGUUUGCCAAGGAUAUGGAUGAAGUGGAUGUGCGGCUGACCACUCAGACUGAAAUGUUAAUCCAAAAUAUUAUUCUUAUAUUGUUCUGUCUUGGUGUCGUCAGCACAGUCUUCCCAUGGUUUCUGGUUUCAGUUUUACCUCUCUGCAUUAUCUUCAUGAUUGUUAACAAGAUUUCAAGGGUUUUAGUUCGUGAACUUAAGAGAAUGGACAGUAUCAGCCAGUCACCGUUUAUAUCUCACAUUACCUCCAGCAUCCAGGGUUUGUCAACUAUUCAUGCUUAUGACAAGGAAAGUGAGUUCCUACAAAAGUAUCAAGAACUACUGGAUUGUAAUCAAGGCCCACAUUUCCUAUUCAGCUGUGGCAUGCGAUGGCUGGCUGUACGCCUUGACCUCAUUAGUAUUAUACUCAUCACCAUAGUUUCAGCAAUGAUGAUUUUCAUGCAUGGAAGGAUUUCACCAGCCUAUGCAGGUCUUGCCAUCUCCCAUACAGUGCAGCUCACAGGACUUUUUCAAUUUACGGUCCGCCUAGCAUCAGAAUCAGAAGCCAGGUUCACAUCUGUAGAGAGGAUCAGGCAUUACAUAAUGAAUUUGGAAUCAGAAGCACCAUCUCAUAUUCCAGAGACAGCACCUUCUCUCAACUGGCCUCGGGAAGGACAAAUCCAGUUUCAUGAAGUGGAAAUGUGUUACCGUGAAAACCUACCACUUGUACUGAAGAAAGUUACAUUUACCAUCAAACCCCGGGAAAAGAUAGGCAUUGUAGGGAGAACAGGAUCAGGGAAGUCAUCCCUGGGAGUGACAUUGUUCAGACUGGUAGAAAUUUCCAGUGGUGCCAUUACAAUAGAUGGUGUGAAGAUCAGUGAUAUUGGACUGGACGAUCUUCGAAAGAAACUAUCCAUUAUCCCACAGGAACCUGUGCUAUUUGCUGGGACCAUUAGAUCAAACCUGGAUCCUUAUAAUCAAUAUACUGAUGCUCAAAUUUGGGAUGUGUUAGAAAGAGCUCACAUGAAAGAAAAUAUUUCACAGCUGAAUAAGAAACUUGAUUUUGAGGUCAUGGAAAAUGGAGAGAAUUUUUCUGUGGGUGAGCGGCAGUUGUUGUGCGUGGCACGGGCUCUUCUACAACACAGCAAGAUUUUAUUGCUGGAUGAAGCCACCGCUGCCAUUGACACUGAUACUGACGUAUUGAUUCACAAGACCAUUCAGGAGGUUUUUUCCAAUUGUACAAUGCUGAUCGUAGCACAUCGUCUUCACACAGUUUUGAACUGUGACAGGAUAAUGGUGAUGGACCAGGGAGAGAUUGCUGAAUUUGACAGCCCCAGUGUGCUACUCUCCAAUGACAAUUCAAGAUUCUAUGCAAUGCUUAGCUCAGUGGAAAACAAAAUAGUGGCUCCGUCAUCUAGCAGCGUAUCUCCAUGAUCAGCAACCAAGGAACAAUUGACCAAACUGUUUCUGGCUCAAUUAUGAUUCAGCUCUGAGGGACCUUCAUCAUAAUAAGUUAAGAAAAACAUCAGGAUGCUUUGUGGAUGGAUAAAGUAUUUCAAGUAAAAUGUCACUCAUGCAUACAUUAUUUAUUAUCUCUUGGAGGCACCAUAAUUCAUCAAGUAAUUUCAAUAGUGGUUAUUCCUUUAAAAGGGGAAUACGUGAUGAAAUGUACACAGAUAAAUUUGUUCAGGGAUGCUUUAUGUCGAGGUUUGGUGCUUGGAAAUGGAACUAUUCUGUUCACAAUUAUAAAAUAUUUACUGUUAAGUCGAUGGAUUGCUUUUUACUUUAUAAACCAAAGCAUCCUUUUAACAUCCUUUGUGAAGAACUGCUCCUUGCCAAAAGCUAAUCUCUAAACACGAAAUAAUGAAUGGCAAAUACAUACUUAUGAAACAGUAUAUCAGAAGUGAAGAAAUUAAUGGGCUGUUUAAGGAAAUCCUGGAAUAAAGGACUGUCGUUGCUAUGAACAGUAAUAUAUUCAUUAGAAAUGCAUUUUCUUUCCCCUUAUAUUUAUUUACCCUUCCUAAUUUUGGUUCAAUAGAAUAGGGAUAUUUUUUCAAUACAAUUUUGUGCCAUCAUCAAUAGAUCUUUUGUUAUUUUAUAUCACACAGUGUGCUGCACUGUUCACUUGAACCCAUUUACUGGGGCAGCAGAUAAUUAAUUUUUACCCCGUCAAUGUAAGAUGUAGUUCAUACCAUUGAAGAUUAGAUCCCAUAAUCUUUCUCAGAGCAGUAACCAAUAUUUCACAUAUUUUACACUCCGCUAUGAAAAUAAAAUAUGUUCAGAUGAGAACCAGCUCACCAGUGUCAUGGUCCAUUGAGUGUACCAUUGGUCAAUGUGCAAAUUAAGAUCUGAAUCGUGUCACAGAUCUAACUGCCAAUCAUGUAUUCGCUCAUUAUCAGAUUCUUCUAAACAGAUUAUAGAUGUCAGUGGAUUAACAUUUUCAAUAUUAUUACUGUAUUUAGAAUGAUAAGCUACAGUAAGCUUUUGAAUAGGGUCAAGGCAAUUCAGAAAUAUUAAAGGGUUUAAUAAUGCACAGCAUAUCAAUUUCAAACUCAAAAUGUGAUUUUUUUAAUGGCCAUCCAUUGUCAAUAACCAGAAUAUAUAUAUAUAUAUUUAUCAGAUGCAAUAUCCAGGUUUUUUUUAAAGUCUCUGAGAUGCUUUGAAAAUCUUAAGCAGGACUGCCAUGGCUGUAUACAUGCUGACAUGAUCAGAACCAUACGAUCAAUGAUCUUUGAGGACCAGGGAACUUUUAUGAAAUGUUACAAGGUGACAUUUCUAUCUUUUAUGAAAUGUUCUUUAUUUUAUUCUUAUUUUUCUGGAAGAUUAGGUUAAACAUCUAGUAUUUUGUAAAUACAUUAACAUCAGUGAUAUGUAAACACACAUUCUCUGAUACAAUCAGCAUUUGUAUUUAAACCCAAAGGGUACAGAUCCUAUUAUAAUGAUUUUUUUUUAAAACUAGCUUUUAUUGUAUUAAUGGACAUGUAUUAAAAAUAACUUUACGGUGGGGGAAAAAGAAGAAAUCACCUCUUUUGUCAGUAUUAUAUUUUCAUAGAUACCUUCACUAUAUCCUGAGGUGAAAGAGAUUACCGUAGUUAAAAAGAGUGACAGUUCAUCUGUUCAAUUUCAGAAUUGUUGCACUCUGUAUAAAAAACACUAUGUGACUGGUACUCAGAAAGUUAACAAAUGCUUGAAGGCAUUUACCUAGAAUGUUUGGUGUGCUUAUGGCAACCUCCAGUUGUAAAUUUGCUAAUGACCCCAAGAAGAGAGUGCACACUUAAAUGAACAUUUGCACUUUUCCCAGUUUUCUGAUGAUAUUCUGUAAAACAUUCACAGAGAUUUGGAAAAUCUCGUGAAAACUAGGCUUCAGUUCUUCAACCUCAAGACUGACAUGAAUAUUCGUCUCUGCAAACAGUCUGCUGACGGUUACGACCUAUGUUUGGUUAAACUAGAAGCUACACCUAAUUUAUUUUCAGUUCCUCACAUUUCUUACUGAUAUCUUAUAACAUGACCCAUGGCUCUACGCCCAAACAUUAAAAAAAACUUGAUUAGCACAUUAGUUAUUCUAAAUCAUAAGAAACAGGUGUUUUGGUAAUGUUGAAUAAAAUGCAUUUAGUUUUGACAGUAUAAAUGUAGCCAUUCGACCAGAGUCUACCCUGAUUUGAUAAAUAAGAAUUCUGCAGAAUUCAUUGAUUUCAUAACAAGACUUCACAAUGAUAACCUUUAUGCAUAGUAUUUCUAUGUGAGUGGUUAUGAGGUGAAUUUUGCUGAAAUGCACAAUAUUCAUUUGUUUUAUGUUUUUAGCUGCAAUGACAUGCUUAAAAUUGUCAAAGGGAUUGUGUACUAGUGUUGUUUUAAAGGUAUUUAUGAGGAGUUAUUUAGAAUCCCAAGUACAAAAUAUAAAAAUACUGUCCCUGUUCCAGUAAUGGACAGUAAAACAUUCAUCACAACUCGUGCUUCACAGCUUCAUAAAAAAUGGAGUCUUUUUAUAAAUGUUUGCGUCUAGACCUUUCAUCUUCUCGGGUUCCAUUUGUAAAGUUGUCUCUCCAUGUGUUAACAUAAUCAAAUACUUUUGGAUGUAAAAUGGAACUUCCAAAACAAUAAAGUUAUUUUUAUACCAUA